CGUCACAUCACAAUUCCCAAACCGUCACCACAGAUCAAACACAAAUAAAGGGAAAAUGAUUGACCGCGCCAUCUUUGAGGACCUGCAAACCAAGAUUGACGAGGAGUCUGCUGUUCGUGAUGAGCUCCAUGAAAUUGUCCAGACACUUGCCAGAAAAGGGAGAUCUACACAAGCUAUACUUGCGAGAGCCCAUUCUACACCUUCAGAUCAGUUAAAACCGGUUCUCGAUGAAGCAACGAAGGAGAUCUUGGCCCAGAAGGAACAAGUCUCCAAUCUGAAGGCUGUAGCGGACAAGCAUCCUUUCUAUAAAUAUAACGGGUGCUGGACGCGAGAAUUGCAGAAUCUCGUAACUUCAAUCGAGCUAUGCGCAUGGCUUGGUGGAUUAGGAGAGUACAAGAGCUCCAGCGCGGGUCCUUUCAUGACUAUAGAAGAAGUCGGGACAUUCCUGGACAUUCCCGUCAACCUCAAAGAACAAGAUGCCUUUCAUCUUACGAUUGAGGAGUAUCUUCUUUCACUGAUUUCAAUGGUCGAGGAAUUGUCCCGUCUUGCUGUCAACUCUGUUACACUGGGUGAUUAUGAGCGUCCUGUGCAGAUUGGCAACUUUAUCAAGGAUCUCUUCUCUGGGUUUCAGCUAUUGAAUCUGAAGAAUGACAUUCUGCGUAAGAGGAGUGAUGGGAUUAAAUACAGUGUGAAGAAAGUCGAGGACGUCGUGUACGACCUGUCCUUGAGAAACUUGAUCCCAAAGGGUACUACAGGGUCUGAUUGA